CUUAUACAGUAUCGUGGAAUAAGUCAAUAUAUCUUAUAUUACAUGAAGUCGAAGUGAAGUUCACCACGUGGCACGAAUGAACAUGGUUGACAAAUUUUAAGAUUUGAUCACUUUGAUCAUCAAUGGAUUUAGGUUUAAGGUAAUGUUCAAUGCGGAUUAUCAGGAAGAAAUGAAUAAAUCGAAGAAAAGAAAGGCACAAGUUGUUAUCUUUGAAGAGCCUGCGCGGAAAGCAAAGGACAAAAAAUGUAAAAAAGAAAGUUUGUCAAGCUUCAAAGGAGGGGAAGAAAUGAUGAAAAAUUAUGGAUUUAAAGAAAUUGCACGUGAAGUGAGAGAAUUUGGAAUGUCAGGUUUUGGAAAGAAAGAUAGAAGAAAAAUGAAGCAAGCAGAAGCAGAAUCUCUUGGAGCUAGAGCUCUCAAGAAACCAAAAAUGCCGUAUCCAUUGCUAAUGGAAUUGAAAAAAAUUUGGAAAAAGAAAGAUGAAAAACAAAAGGAAGAGGACACAGCAAUGGGAUUAUUCAGAAAGACAAAAAAGCAAGGAAAUAUAAGAAAACAACUGCCUAAAGGGUCUGGUCGUUGGGUUGAAAGAAGUCAAGGUCUUGAUGGAGGAAAGUUCAGACAUGGAAUAAGAAAAAUACAAAAACAAGACAUACUCAAAAUGAAGACUAGAAAGUCAUAAGUGUGGAAUAUAAAUGACGAGUUGACUCUCUUUCUAAUUUAAUUUGCAAGUAAUUGAUUAAUUGCUGAAAGAGGAAAGUAUUUUUGCAUUAAAACGAAAUUACAAAUGCAAAUUGUUUGUUCACAUUCACAACACAACGUAAUCUUUGCUGUAUUGAGAGUUCAAGAAUCAAUAUGAGUAAAUUCUAUACCUACAUAUCGUUUUAUUAUAUUUAACAUAUCUAUGUUAACUUUUUGUUUAAAUCAUAAUAUAUUGUCGGCCUUUGCGAGUUCAAACCACAAGGUUCAAAUGUA